AUGAGGGCAAUUGGCGCUAUCGCAAUCGUUGGUGUUGCGUCAAAGACCACUCCCGUCUACUUCUCUCUCUUAUUUCUGCUGCCCGAGACUUCGUCCUCCAACAUCCUGCUCCGUCGCGCCGCUCCCCUGCGGAAAUUGACUGCGAACGACAGUCUCGAGUCCCAGUCCGAGAUCGACCCAGAGAAAUUGACCGUCAGCGAAGGCGUGAUUGGCAACCUGUGGCGACUGGGCCAGAUUACCACCCUCGACGAUGCCGCCCUCGUCACCAGUCUCUACACGGUCUUGAUGUACAGUACCGUCUCCUCGUUCCCCGAAGUCUUCCCUUUCGUGUAG